AUGGCUGUCUCAAGGGCUCCAGCACCCGACUCCGCCUGUCAGAGGAUGGUCUGGCUGUUUCCACUUGUCUUCUGCCUCGGCUCAGGGAGUGAAGUUUCACAAAGCAGCUCAGACCUCCGACUAGUGAAUGGCGUUCUAGGAGAGUCUGCAGUUUUUCCUCUAACGCUUCCUGCGGGAAAGACCGCCAGUGUCAUCAUCUGGAAUUAUGAAGGAGAAGCAUCACACGGCACUGCCCUCUUUAUCAACCUAAAUACGCCUAAAAGUCCAGACAUCAUUUACAUUGAUAGAAGGAAGACACUGAACAUCACCCAGUCCUACUCCUUGCAAAUCAGCAACCUUACCAUGGCAGACACAGGCUCAUACACUGCGCAGAUAACCACAAAGGACUCUGAAAUGAUCGUCCUCAGAUAUACUCUGAGGGUCUUUGAACGACUGGGUAACUUAGAAACUGCCAACAAUACUCUCCUGCUAGAGAAUGGGACCUGCCAGAUACACCUGGCCUGCGCUGUGAACAAUCAAAAUCAGACUGUCUCAGUUGAGUGGCAAGCCACAGGGAACAUCUCUUUAGGGGAACCAAAUGUCACUAUCUUUUGGGACUCAAGGAAUUCUGGUGACCAGACUUACAUCUGCAGAGCCAAGAAUGCUGUCAGCAAUUUGUCAGUCUCUGUUUCUACCCAGAGUCUCUGCAAAGGGGUUCUAACUAAUCCACCCUGGAAUACAGUAUGGUUUAGAACUACAGUUUCAAUAAUCACGGGUGCCGUCAUUCUCAUCUUUGUGUGCUGGCGCAUAUAUGUCUGGAAGAGAAGGGGUUCUCUUCCUUUGACUAGCCAACAUCCAGAUUCCUCCCAGGGCACAGAUGCCCCAGGCUCUCCAGGGAACACCGUGUAUGCACAAGUUACUCGUCCAAUGCAGGAGAUGAAAAUCCCAAAACCUAUAAAAAAUGACUCCAUGACAAUUUACUCCAUAGUUAAUCAUUCCAGAGAGGAAACAGUGGCUUUAACCAGCUAUAACUAA